ACUUGACAUGUACCUCUCAGGUCCAUCACAAGGAAAACGAAAAUCAAGAUUUGCUUUAUCUGGUGGAUAGAGAUAUGGUUGUCUUCAUCUUCAUCUUCUCCUCAUCUCUUCACUUACCCUUUCCCUUUCCCUUUCCCCUUUAAUUUUGCUUCAAUAUGGCCGAAAUUGCGGUGUUUCCGUGGUGCCAAAUGGUGUUGGGCGGCGGCUCGCAUUUCAAAGGGAGGCUGACUAAGCAAAGUCCAAAAUGGCAAUGCAAGAUACUCAGACCACGGUCGAUGCUAGUGAAAACCCAAAUGACGAAUUCUUCUACUUACAUUUCCAGAAUUUCCACUGAUAUUCCUCUUUAUGAAAAGCCUGGGGCUUCAUUUGAUCAGUAUUUAGAGGAUAAGCCUAGAGUAUUUAAAGCCAUUUUUCCUGAUAAACGAAGGAGCCAACAACUUAAUGAGGAAGAGUGGAGAGUACAUAUGCUACCUAUAGAGUUUCUAUUCCUCACCGUGCACCCCGUAAUUGACAUGAGGUUGAGAUGUAAAUCAAAUGGGACAGGAUACCCACCUGGGGUACCCUGCCAUAUCUCAAAGGUUCUUGAGCUUGACAUUAUUAGAUGGGAACUGCAGGGGCUAGACGACAUGCUUAAGCCGUCUCAGUUUUCCCUUGGUGUAAAAGGGGCCCUAUAUCCUGACAGAAGUGGACCACGAAGUAGGCUCAAAGGUCAACUACAGAUGAGCAUAAGCUUUGUUCUACCUCCUUUGCUUGCUUUAGUCCCUGAAAAUGUUCGACGAGAUGUCUCAGAAUCAAUCCUAAGGAGAUUGGUGGAGAACAUGAAGAAUAAGGUCAAUGGCAGCUUGAUUUCCGACUAUAGCGAAUUCAAGAGGGAAAGACCAAAGGCUUUAACAUAAGAUCGAAUUUGAUAUGAUAAAAAAUUCAGACAACUGGGAGGUUGGUAGAUUAUUUGGUCAAAAUGGGAAGCCUGAAAAUUGAAGAAACCUAUUUGAGGCCUUAGGAAUGCUGGUUUAUUAGUUGAGGCUCGGCAAACACCAUUUUUACAUUUUUUUAUUGUACUUAGUUUUCCCCUUGAGUGCAGUUUUUCAGGAUUUUGAGUGUAAAAUGUAGAGGAUGUUUGCGCAUUACAGGAUAAUCGCGUUAAUGUAGACUGAGAAUUGUUGAUAUCACUCUUUUUCCUCUUUUCUGAAUGUAAUUUCAAAAGUCAAGACGUUCAUAAUUUAUGCU